AUGAGUUCCGGCCGGUUCUCCAAGCCUCGGCCGCGGCACCCAAAGUCGCCCGCCCAGUCGGCGCAGAUCCGCGUGCGGAAUCGGCGCCGAGAGUAUCUGGAGAGGCACUCGGAUUACUUCAAGUCCACGGAGCACGAGCUGGCAGAUCCCCUGUUAUAUGAUUCACUCGUCCGGCAAUUCCAGACACCGGCAGAGAGGGAAGCAGAGGGGCGCGCAAAGGGCUAUUCUCGAGUCCUCGAGGGCUCACUCCUCCGAGGGGAGGCCAGGUUGGAGGCAAUGGCCAAGACAUAUGUCCCCGGCGAUCCGUCAGAAUCCUCCCGCCAAGAAGCCUCAGCCAGAAGUGCAGUGAGGCCACAGCAGAACACCAUUUUCGGCGUCGAGGCGGAUCUCGCACCCCAGCCCGAAACGAAAGCGGAAGCAAGGGAGCGAUGGGAAGAGUUUCUGCGAGACCGGUUCAUUCAUGGCGGGGAUGAGGACUUUGAGUAUGCAAAAGUAGACGAGAACGAUGAAUUUGAUGUGCUAGAGAGGAAAGAUCAAGAGGAGGCGUGGUUCGAUGACGAGGACCCAGAGUGGGUGACCGAUAAAGGGGAUCAGGAGAAGGACGAGAGUGGUGUCGGUGGGAGGAGGGAACGGAAGAUAGAAGGACAGACAGGGAUUCAAGACUUUUAA